AUGGGUCGCGUCGUCCGUUUUCCAGCCCUCAUCCUGCUGUUCAGCGUUUUCCAUGCUGAACAUAGUACUGAGGCGCUCAAAAUUGCACCCAACGCAUUCAAUCAAGUUCAACCGACACAGGUAGCUGCUCCAACCGACGACGCUUCUCGCCCAUCGGCUCAGCUUCUGAAUGCCAACAUUCCCUUCCACCCUUUUCUAUCAGACGAUUCGUCUGCAACGCGGCCACGGAAGCUGCAUGGUCGCUUUUUGCACAUCACCGACCUCCACCCAGACGAGUUUUACAUCUUUGACAGCGCCGUUUCGCAAUUCUGCCAUCGAAAUAAACCAAGAAAAGAAAAAGAACGAGCAGGACGAUGGGGUGUGCCCUAUAGUGAUUGUGACUCCCCAGUGGCACUCACUAACCUCACCUUUGAGUAUUUGCAAGAGGAGUGGGCCAAUAACAUUGAUUUCGUGAUCUGGACAGGAGAUAGUGCUCGUCACGAUAAUGACAACAAGAUUCCUCGUACGCCGAGUGCAAUCUACGAGAUGAACAGGCGUCUUGCACAUCAAAUGAGUGAGACGUUCCCAAACAUUCCAAUCGUACCAAGCAUCGGCAAUAAUGACAUCUGGCCUCACAACGUAAUGCAACCGGGUCCAAAUGGAAUCACAAACGAAUACUCUUCCAUCUGGCGACCAUUCAUUCCCUUUUCCUCCUAUCAAGUCUUCCAACAUGGCGGAUAUUUCUCGACAGAAGUGAUUCCCGGACACGUCGCUGCCAUUUCUCUCAAUACAAUGUACUGGUACGAUGCGAACAAGGCCGUUGGAGGCUGCCAAUUGCAUGAUUCGAAUGAUCCCGGAAACAUGCAGUUUGACUGGCUGGACGUCCAGCUACAACUGUAUCGUCAACGUGGGAUGCAGGUUAUCCUCGUUGGUCAUGUACCACCAACGCCUGGAAAUUAUUUCCCGGAUUGCCAUUUCCGAUACGGACAAAUAGCCAUUCGAUAUCAGGAUACCAUUGUGGGUCACUUCUUCGGACACAUGAAUGUGGAUCACUUUUUCUGGUUGGAUGUUCACGACUUGAAUAUGGAGCCAACGGACCCGUCGUACCGUGUCACUGGCAAGACUCCCCUCCACGAAUACCUUCGAGAGGAUAUCGAAAAUCUACCUAAACAUACGCACGACGACGACUAUGUCAUUGUCAAUGUUGGUCCUUCGAUCAUUCCCGCAUACCUGCCCUCGUUCCGCAUCUAUCAGUACAACAUUACCGACUACGCUGGGCCCAAAAUCACAGAUGAUAGGACGUUCACUGCGGAAGAGUGGCACGCGUUGUCAGUCGACUCUUCGGAUGACGACGACGAUUGGGACAUUCCUCCUCAACGGACCAACGGUACAGACGACGACGUAAAACCUCACCCUCGUCGACGCAAGCGAUCCGAGUAUAGCCCACUUGGAACUCCUCCGAUGCCUGCCAAGCCGUUUGGUAGAGACCAUCGUCAUCGACAUGGAGAAAAACCGGAUUGCUCAAAACCGGAGAAUGAGGAAAAAUAUGCGUGCCGUCCUUGGGGACCGAGACAUGCGAGCGCGAAUUCACCUAGUCGGGAGAAUCGACUCUGGUCCCUUCUUGGAUACGCACAAUACUACCUUCCAGACAUUGGCGAGGAAGAAUACUCUGGUGUUGGCGAGAUGAAGAAGGGCGGCGGGAAAAAGGAGGCGAAGAAACCAAGAUUCAAGUUGGAAUAUGUCACGCACUCGGUUGACGCACUCCGACCGCCAACCAAUACGACAAACGUCACGACUACGGAGGGCGCACACCUCUGGAAGAAGCAGAAGGACUGGAUCCCACCCGUUCCAAAGCAUCUUCUUCCAAAAUCGUUGCGUGAUCCUAACCGGACCCAGUCCAAGUUUGCUCCAUACGAGCUAGAGGACCUGACGAUACCAAACUGGAUUGCUCUCGCGCGCGAGCUUGGAAAGAGCAAAAAGAUGUGGAAAAAGUUUAUUGGAUUCAUGUACAUGGGUCAAGAGAUGGAUGACGACGCUUGGGAUGGGCCGGUUGGGGAAGAGAACAAGGAAUGGAGGAUUCCGCAUGAUGAUGGAGCGGGACAAGUGGUGCUCCAGUAA